GCGAGCGGCUGCAGCCACGCUCGUUUGCUUCGUGCACUUUACUGGAGGAGACUCAGACAGUCAGGCAGGCAGCCCCCCGAUGCAACAGUGUGCCGCACCGGAGACUAAAGUCACACAAUGCACCGGCGGUGGUAACGCGGAGCGAUGGUGCAAUUUGGAGCUUUGCAGCGUGCAGAUGUCGCAUGAGGGCAAUGCGCCUGUUUUGCCUUUUUUCUUCACCUCCUCCUUUUUCUUCUUCCUACUGAAAGGCAAGCUCUAACCUUCACCAUGCUUUAACCUUGGACGCAGAGGGGAAUAUUAAUACUUUAUUCUCAUCGAUUAUUCAUUGUGGGAGCCCCGCUGAGAGGGGAAACAAAGCAUUCCAAUGUUGAAUUUGAUCUUUAAUUCAUGCACGGGGUGUCGUCGGGCGGUCAUCUUUGUUUACAGAAAGAGUUCAUCAACGCAGAGCGGCAUGUGAGCGAGCUAAUACCCAUUAAAGAGGGUUCACAAAUCGAUUUGAUAUCCAAUUAGCAGGGCAGCAACAUGCCUGCUUUGGAUUUUGUCCUCUAAAGGUUUUGUGGAAUAAUCAACAGGUUGAAAGUCAGUUUUUUGUUUUUCUUUUUCUACUGUGUGCCAGUACCGCAUAUCCAACUGAAGGGAUGCGUCUCUCUGUUCCCAUCUUCCUUUUGCUGUGGGUUAAAGCCCUGACAUUGAAAAACCUCAGUUAUUCUGUCCCGGAGGAGCAAGGACCCGGCACUGUCAUCGGUAAUAUCGCGAAAGACGGCGGAUAUGAGACCCUGGAGAGAGGGAAAAAAUCCAACUUCAGAGUGUUGGAGAAUUCUGCACCACACCUGGUGGACGCCGACCCAGAGAGUGGACUUAUUUUCACCAAACAAAGGAUUGACAGGGAGACGUUAUGCAGGCGGAACCCAAAGUGCCAGCUCUCCAUGGAAGUGUUCGCCAAUGACAAAGAAAUAUGCAUGAUCAAGAUCGACAUACAGGACAUCAAUGACAACUCGCCCAGUUUCCCUUCAGAUCACGUUAACAUCGACAUCUCGGAGAACGCGGCUGCGGGCACGCGCUUCCCGCUGACUAUUGCACAUGACUCAGAUACCGGGGAGAACGGGAUCAAGACUUAUCAGGUCACCAGAGAUGAUUACAAUACAUUCUCGCUGGAUUUAAAAGUAAGAGGCGAUGGGACUAUCUAUCCGGAGCUGGUGGUUCAGAGACCUUUGGAUAGGGAAGACCAGAGCCAUCACACCCUCCUUCUCACUGCCAUAGAUGGGGGCGAGUAUCCGAGAUCAGGCUCCAUGCAAAUCAAUGUCAGGGUGACUGAUUCGAAUGACAAUAGCCCCAUUUUUGAGAGGUCCUCCUAUGUGCUGGAACUCCCGGAGAAUUCCCCGCCUGGAAAAGUACUCAUAGAUUUAAACGCCACCGAUCAUGACGAAGGAAGCAACGGACAGGUGGUUUACUCCUUCACAGGAUAUGCAUCUGAGCGAAUACAAGAUUUGUUCUCCAUUGAUCCCAGUACUGGAGUCAUCAAGGUCCAGGGCGAAAUUGACUAUGAAGAAAAUCCGAUUAUAGAAUUUGAUGUGCAGGCCAAGGAUCUCGGGCCCAACCCCAUACCAGGCCAUGCCAAAAUUACUGUCAAAGUGCUUGACAAAAAUGACAACUCGCCAAUAAUCAGUUUUGUUUCUGUGCGGCAGGGUGCCAUCAGCGAGGCGGCACCCUCCGAAUCUGUCAUCGCGCUUGUCAGAGUGACUGAUAAAGAUUCCGGCCGAAACGGUCAGCUCCAGUGCCGCGUGCUGGGAAAUGUUCCUUUUCGACUGCAGGAGAACAAUGACAAUUUUUACACGUUGCUCACCGACAGACCUUUGGAUCGGGAAACCAAGGACGAAUAUAACGUCACGAUCGUAGCCAGAGACAACGGUAUCCCCUCUUUGAACUACACCAAGUCGUUCACUGUGAAAAUCUUGGACGAGAAUGACAAUGCACCUCGUUUUACAAAAGUCGUUUAUGCGCUACAGGUGCCCGAGAACAACAUCCCAGGAGAGUAUCUGGGCUCCGUGCUGGCCCCUGAUCCGGAUGUAGGCCGCAACGGCACUGUAACUUACUCCAUUUUGCCAUCGCAUAUCGGCGAAGUGUCCGUUUAUACGUACGUGUCAGUUAACCCCACCAACGGAGCCAUUUACGCGUCACGCUCUUUUAACUAUGAGCAAACGAAAUCUUUUGAGUUCAAAGUACAGGCUAAAGACGAAGGCUCCCCUCACAUGGAGAGCACCUCCACCGUCAGGAUCAACAUCCUUGACGUAAACGACAAUCUCCCAGUGAUCAUUUUACCGCUCCUUCAAAAUGAUACAGCAGAGAUCCCAGUGCCUCGGAACGUGGGUAUCGGCUACAUUGUGGCUACGGUGAAAGCAGUGGACCACGAUCACGGAGAGAGCGGACACUUGACAUACGAGAUCGCAGAAGGAAACGAUGACCACCUGUUUGACAUGGAUCCGAUAGGCGGUGAAGUACGGACCACCCGCGCCCCGUGGGAAGAGGUCUCGCCCGUGGUGGAGCUGGUGGUAAAGGUAACCGACCACGGCAAGCCGCCCUUGUCCACCGUGGCUAAGCUGGUCAUCAAGGCCAGCACGGAAGUGGCGGCAGGUGGCGGGGGCUCCGGCAUGAGCGGCGAGCGGCCGCACUGGGACGUAUCCCUACCCCUCAUUGUUACCCUCUGCAUUAUCUCUGUCAUGCUCUUAGCUGUCAUGACAGCCAUCGCUGUCAAGUCCAAGCAUCAAGAUAAAGAGAGCGGGAAUUAUAACUGCCGUAUGCCUGAGUACUCCAAUCCUCCGGUGGGGAAGGGCAAGAAGAAGCGGAUCAACAAGAGUGACAUCAUGCUGGUGCAGAGCGAGAUGGAGGAGCGAGAUUCGGCUAGCCGCAUGAACGUGGUGAGCAGCCCCUCGCUCAUUACCUCGCCUAUAUGCUUCGACUACCAGAGCCCCCUGCCGCUCACGCUGCCCAGUUCCGAGGUCAUGUACCUGAAAACCACACCAAACAGCCUGACGGUACCCAGGGCAGGUUGCCACUCCAGCUUUGCCGGGCUGAGCACAGACACUCCAGCAAACAGGAUGUCAGUGAUACAGACAGAAAACUUCCCCUCCGAGCCUAAUUACGGUGGCAGCAGGCAGCCGUUUGUUCAAAGCUCUACAUUUAAGGAUGCAGAACGAGCGAGCCUCCGAGACAGUGGCCAUGGUGAUAGUGACCAGGCUGAUAGUGACCAGGAUACUAAUCGAGGCUCCCAGUGUGACACGUCUGCCAGGGAGGCCCUCAAGAUGAAAGCCACAUCAGUUAACGGGCAGCCUUUCGAGCAGGAACAAGACAAAUCAGUCCACUGCACCGAUGAGUGUCGUGCACUGGGACACUCUGACAGAUGCUGGAUGCCAAAGUUACGGAUCGGAAGCCAAGCAGACAGCGCCGAUAAUCGCACCAACCUUUUCAUCCCCGUGGGAAUGGAUGCCAUGGUAGAGACAGAGAUUUAUGGCACCAUCAGCCGCGGCAGUCGGAAAACCCUCAGCACUUUCGGGAAGGAGCAGCGGGACAGCACCGUCCUCGUGGCCAACGUCAAACCCUACUUGAAAUCGCAGCGUGCGCCGUGCCCGCCCCUGCAGGAGAGUCCGCCGGCCCCCGGAAGCCCCACCAAGAGCGGGACGGCCCCGGACGCGGGCGAGCGAGAGGUGAAGGAGGAGCGGGAGGGGGGCUCAGACAGCAGUGCCUACGGCCCGCCGGACGGCCAGUGCUCGCCGCUGCGCACCGCGCUGGAGGAGCCCUCCUACCUGACCCGCGACCUCCGGCCCAAGGCGCUGUCCAGCAGCCUCAUUCACAGCGCCGUCAUCAGCCAGGAGUGCGGCGUGUCCGAGUACGAGCCGCGGGACUCGGGGAACUGACAACCGUGUGAUUGGGGCUGACUUUUUGCUUUUUGUUGUUUGUUUCUUUGGGGUCCGAACAUUGUAUAACCAAAAAUCAUCUGCUUUGUGUCUUUCUUUGUUUUUUUUGUUUUUUUACUCGGUGACUUGUAGGGAUGGGCAAUCGGCUACUUUGCCUUGAUCGAUAAUGGAGAAAAAUAAUCAAUUAAUCGAUUGUUUUUUGAGACUCUCUUGAAUGAAUGUUCUGAACUCCUGUUGCCAUGCCAGUGUUGUAUCGAGCAGAGAACUUGGGCCACAGCAUGGAUAUGGCUGACGUCAUGUUGUCUUCUUUAGACAGCAGACAACAGGCGCAGCUCAAUGAAUCAGAAUAUCGUCGAAAAGUUCAAUAAUUGCAUUCGCUCAAUUCAAAAAGCGAAACUCAUGAGAUAAAUCCCCACUUAUUCGGUUCAGCCUUUACACAUUUGCCAAUUGGCCGACUAUUCUCUGUGUUUUGGCCAAAAAACUCACUUAUUUGCUGUUUUUGUGCCCAGGCCUUGCCAUCUGGUGCCAUCUUGGCGCUAAGGAACUGUGAACUGUUGAAGUGAAUUGAGGAGCUUCUUUUAGACAAACGUAGCCCUUUGCCGCCAUCUUGUCGCCUCUUACAGCAAUUACAGUACAGCAUAAACCUUUUUGAGGGGGCUUCACUUACUUACGGAUUUUCCGUAUUCAUGGCAGGGCUUGAUCAUUUUUCAAUGAGUGCAAUAUUUCAUAAUUUUCUUCUGAGUGACGUGGUAAAGCUAGUGGUAUAAGUGGUAUAGGAAAUGGAUUAAAGGAUGAAUGAUUAUUGCUGACAGCUAAUGCAAAUCCCACAUUCACAUCUCAAGAAUAGAACACAUUAUGUUAGAAACUUUAGGAAAUAUAUAUUUUUUUCAAGCAGCAAUGAAAGGGCCCUCGCAGCACCUUUUACAUGGCGAAUCCACCUUUUACAUGGCAAAUCCUUAAAAUGACUCAUACAUAUUACAUUGAUUCCUUAAACAGAUUGGAAAAUCAAGUGCAUUUUGGGGGGUCUUCACAUGCCCGAAAAACUAAAUUUUUGGAAGUGUGUGUGGUGUUUUGUAAAUAUAUAUUUUUUAGGGGUCCUGAAACCGAACGGCUCAAAACUCACUCAGUAGCAGCCCCCUGGAAAUGUAGAAACGGGUGCCUUUUAUGUCCCCCAAGCAAAUAAUUGUAAUAUUUUACCUAAAAUAUAUAAAAUGGGCGGCACGGUGGGCGACUGGUUAGAGCGUCAGCCUCACAGUUCUGAGGACCGGGGUUCAAUCCCCGCCUGUGUGGAGUUUGCAUGUUCUCCCCGUGCCUGCGUGGGGUUUCUCCAGGCACUCCGGUUUCCUCCCACAUCCCAGAAACAUGCAUGGUAGGUUGAUUGAAGACUCUAAAUUGCCCGUAGGUGUGAAUGUGAGUGUGAAUGGUUGUUUGUUUCUAUGUGCCCUGCGAUUGGCUGGCGACCGUUUCUGGGUGUACCCCGCCUCCCCCCCGAAGAUAGCUGGGAUAGGCUCCGGCAGCCCGCGACCCUAGUGAGGUUAAGCGGUAAAAGUAAAUGGAUGGAUGGAGGUCGAAUCGUAAGCAGGUGCUAUGCCAUCUAAUGUGGUUGAAGCAUGGCAUCAAACUUUGACGAUCAUUUUUGGGAAUUUGGCAUGAGAAAGAUGGUGCCAGGACCCGUUACUUGCCGAUUGUUUCGUUACAUCGAUGCUAUAACCAUUAAAAAAUAAUAAUAAUAAUAAUGCACUCUGGGCAUGUGUGGUGAAUCUAUAUAAGUUUUACUUUUUGAAUUGAAAUACUGAAAUAAAUGAAGUUUUCCACAAUGUUCCCAUUUAUUGAGAUGCACGAGUCAACAGCUGACUGCAGCCAAUCAGUGAGCUCUAUCUAGCCACAACUGCUUCAAUCAAUCAUUCCCACUCAUUACAACCUUAACGAUCGAUUAAUCGAUUGAUUACAAGCCCAUCCCUAGUGACUUGUUGUGUUUAGGUGGAAAUUGUGUCCUUGACUCUUUGCUGUGAAGGUUUGCGGGCCAAUCAGUGCUUACCUGACUUCAAGUGUUUCCAUGGUGUACUGUACCUGUCAAUUUAGAUGUCCGUAUUUUACACAUUGCAGACGCCAAUUUUGUGUGGCUGUUGGAACAAAAUCGCUACUGUUAAGCUUUUGAGUCCUGUCUGCUUUUGUACGGUGAAGCUAUCUGUCUCCAUUUAGUGUUUAAAGGAACGUCACUUUGAAAAUCAAAGUCCGACCGCAUACAUAUCAGUGGCGUUACAUACAAAAGUGAAGUGUCUUAUGAACUGUAACGGUGGUGCAACAGGGGACGUCCCUUUUCAUGAAACCAUUCGAGGUUCUGAUGAAACAAUUUUUUUAAGAAUGUAUUUGUAAUUUUAUCGUCGUCCUCUCUGCUGUUUGUGUGAAAAUAAGCUGGGCUUACACGUGAAUGUGGGCUACUGUACUGUAUUUGUGUAUUUUAUUAAAUUUGUAUACACUGUGUGCACGGAAGGACGUUGUUUUUCAGCCAAUGAUGACUUUUGAAGCUGUCAUGUUCAUAUGUGAGAGACAUGUUAAAGCAACAAUAUGUGACUUUUUUUUCAUCUGCUCCCGGGCUCCCCCUUCAGGUGUAAAAUGUAAUUUUGCUUUGACUGUUAUAAAUACAAAUCGACAGUGAAAGACAGAUUUUCUGAUUACAACAACAUGGCAUUUUAAAAAAAUUGCUGAUGAAUGCGAUAAACACCCCAAAAAGUCAGCGUCAUUAUAUAUUUUGAAAGACCAUAGUCUCAUCGUUUGAGCGGAAAAUUUAAAUGAUCUUUUUAAUCCUAAUUUUUGACUUAAUCCCGCCGCACACCGAUCUGCACAUCUGAAACCGACUGAACUGUUUUCAUGAGUCGGCCACCGGUUUUCGUGCGAGCAUGGGAUUGCAACAUCGCAGAUGUAACAGCCAAUCGAAAAGCAUUCAUAAUCAUUUUACAUUCAUAAUUACCUGUGGCUCGAAAGCAAAGCGUGUAGAGUCUGUUGCCGAAUUGCACGGGUGCAGUUUGUGAAUGAGACCAUCGAUUAUGGGCAACAGACUCUGAAAACAUUCACUCUCUUUCCUUAUUCUCGCUUGUUUCCUCUUCUUUGUCAUCAUCCACGUCUUCCUUGACGAUUGUGCCAUGGUUUUGUGGUUUAACAAAAGAUAAUUCAGUAAAGUAUAUUGGAUGUGCGGAGUCUCUAAAGUCGAUACAAGGUUGCAGUUUUUCCGUGAUAGCGCGUCAGUCGAUAUCGGGGGCUCAAUCGCUUGGUGUGUGGCGAAGAAUUGCCGACUGUGGUCCACUUCAGUCGAUAUACAUUUCCCAAUCACUUGUUGUCGUUUGUGUCCAACAACUUCGUCCAGUAGCGCCAAAAGAGGAAAUCCACUUGCUUAACGAACAUUUAUCCAUCCAUCCAUCCCUUUCCUG